UCUUGUAUUUCCUAUUACAUCUCUCUCUUUUGCAUACUAACUUUUGUUGUAUUAUGGAUCCGUAUGUCGCCCAAAAAUCUCCUCCACCUAAUGCACCGUCAGGAUACGGCCAACCACCGCCGACUGGAGUACCAGUUUCAGCUCCUAAUUAUAAUUCCCAACCACCACCACCACUGCCCCAUGCUCAUGUUGGCGCUCCAGGGGAGUGGUCUACCGGUUUAUGCGACUGCUUUUCCGAUGUUUCAAAUUGUUGUAUAACAUGUUGGUGUCCUUGCAUAACAUUUGGUCAGAUUGCUGAAAUCAUAGAUAGAGGAUCUACUUCUUGUGGAGCAAGUGGAGCACUUUACGCUCUUGUAGCCUUUGUUACGGGAUGUACAUGCAUAUACUCUUGCUUCUAUCGUUCUAGGAUGAGAAGACAGUAUAUGCUGCCAGAGGAUCCGUGUACGGAUUGUUUGGUUCAUUUUUUUUGCGAAGGUUGUGCAUUGUGCCAAGAGUAUCGUGAGCUCAAAACCCGUGGGUUUGAUAUGUCUCUUGGAUGGCAUGGAAAUGUGGAGAAACAGAAUCCUGAAAUGACAAUGGCACCAGCCGUUCAAGGCGGAAUGAGUAGAUAAUGCUGCUGUGGCCAAAUGCAUCAGAUCCAAUUGCUUGAGCCGAGGGAUGUGAAUUACAUUAUGUUUAUUGUUGUUUCAAGUCUAAGUGAUGAAUUUAGCAUGGUUUGUAGGCUUGAUCUCCAGUCCAUGGUAAGCAAGAAUUAUAAUGACUACUGUGGGCAUGGCAACACGUGUUGCCAUGUCAUACCCUCACUCAUGACAUAGCAAUACAACAUGUUGUAAUUACGUUUGCAGUGAACAUUAUAACUCUUGGCUACUGUAGAUAGGAGAUUAGGUCUAUAUAGUCAAAUUUAUCUAUCUACUCUAAAAUAUAAUAAAUAUUUCUAUUUGUAAUUUUAGUUUCGAUCUUUUGCACCGA